UAGACGCGACAGCAGUGUGGGCUUUUUCUGCGUGUUUUGGUGGCAGCUUGCACCGACAUUUAUUUUCACUUGCGUGCCUGUGACAAAUACAAUUAUCGAAAUGAUAACCCUGACAAUGGGUUCCCAUUGGAUUGCAGCCACGAUCUUCUUGUUGACUUACUCCCAGACAUGUAGCAGUGGUUCCUACCCAAAUGUGGUAUCAUUGAACAAGCAAAACUUUGAUUCUAUCAUCAAUCAUAACUCUGUGGUCUUUGUCAACUUUUAUGCUGAUUGGUGUCGUUUUAGUCAGAUGUUAAAACCAGUCUUUGGUGAUGCAGCUGAAGUUCUCAGAAAAGAAUUCCCACAGCCCGGUGAAGUCUUGUUUGCUGAGUUGGAUUGUGAUACUAAUGGUGAAAUUGCUGCAAAAUAUCACAUAUCAAAAUACCCUACCUUGAAGCUAUUUCGUAAUGGUCGUGUAGCUAAACGUGAAUACAGGGGUCAAAGGUCACGUGAUGCGUUUCAGACGUAUAUUAGAAAUCAAGUAAAGGAUCCUAUCAACAGAUUAUCUGAGCUAUCUGAUAUAACCACCAAAAUUGAUGAAAAGAAAAGAAAUGUUAUUGCUUUUUUCAACUCUGAAACUUCAGCUGAUUAUGUGACAUUCAAAAAAGUUGCCAGCUCACUUCGAGAUGAUUGUGUUUUCUAUGCUGGUAUUGGUGAUGCAUUUCGUCCUGAGAUGACAGCUGGUAAUAAUAUUAUGUUCAGGCCACCUAGAACAAAAGACCAAGAUAUGUUGUAUCUUGGUUCACUUACCAAUUUUGACUUGCUUCUUACCUGGUCAUAUGACAAGUGUGUUCCCUUAGUCAGAGAAAUUACGUUUGAAAAUGGGGAGGAAUUGACUGAGGAAGGCUUACCAUUUGUUAUUUUAUUCCACAAACCAGAUGAUGUUGAGAUAAUACAAACUUUCAACCAGGUUGUGGCAAGGGAGCUUAUACAUGAGAAAGGUAGCGUCAAUUUCUUGACAGCUGAUGGGUCAAAGUUCACUCACCCGCUACAUCAUCUCGGUAAAACAGUGAAAGACCUUCCUUUAUUAUCAAUUGACAGUUUUAAACAUAUGUACCUGUUUCCAGAUAUCACACAGCUUGGCGUAUCUGGCAAGUUAAAACAGUUUAUUGCUGAUUUGCAUUCUGGAAAACUUCAUCGAGAAUUUCAUCAUGGUCCGGACCCGACUAAGUCUCCUGUCAUACAAGGAGGAGUGGGCCUUCCUGAUAAGACCACCACUAAAGAAGUAAAGAAGGAAGAACCUUCAGUGCCGCCAGAAAGUUCGUUUGUAAAGCUCAAGCCAAGUGAAAAUCGCUACACUAUACUCAGGGAUGAAUUGUAAAGAUUCAUGGCAGUGUCAAAUUAAAGAGAACAAGAUAAUUCAACUGCUCUAUUUUCUUUUCUUUUGAAAAUUACUGUGACUUGCAUAACCUUGAAGUAUUGAGAAAUGCUGUAAUUACAAAGGUUACUACCGGUAGUCUCUUUGCGUUCUCUGUCGUAGUACAAGUACAUGUAUUAACCCUAAUCCUGCCAGCCCUAUGUAAUUUUACAUUGACUUGACUAGAUAAGGUUUAAUCAUGGUCAUCUGUACUGGUAUACCUGGGGUAAUACAAAUGUAUAAGGGUAGAGUAUUUGGAAGUGCCCAAUAAUCUUCUUUUCAAAUGAUCCAGUUUUUACUGGCGCUCGCUAGUAAUGCUAAUGAGGUGACUUACCAGCAUAAAAAAAAUGUGAGAAGGUUUAAAAAGAUUUUGUGCUUCUGAACACACCCUAGGUGUGCUAAUAAAGUCACGGGUCUGUGAAAUGAUUCUCAAAAUUUAUCAUACAGGGUAGGAUGGUCGAUUCUUCUGAUUUAUGAUAAUUAACUAAUUUGGUCUUUCAAGACAAUCGCUAAUGCAGCAUGUCUGAUCUGUAAACAACAACUAUUGUGGCCUUUCCAGGUGUUCACUUCAUUCUACUGUUUACUUAUCAGUAAUAAAUGGAAGUAGUGUGUAGAAGCUGUUGUACAAGUUUUGUACAAAGCUUGAAAUUCACAGAGACAUCAAAGGCCAAUAUACCAAUUUUCCCCAUAUUAUUUCUAUAUACUGUGGAAUACUUUAUUUGCGCUGGAAUUUAUUUUCGCUGAUUGUUGAUGAGUUUAAUGUGAAAUAUAGGAAAAAAAGUAUAUUCGCUGGAUUUUAUUUUCACAGAAUCAUCCCUUCAGCGAAAAUAGCAAAAAUUAAUUCCAAGUGAAAAUAAAGUAUUCUACAGUACUAAGACAAUUUUAUCUUGAAACUGGGUGAUUUUUCAACUCAUGCCUUGUCUGUAUGGUUGAAUAUACUUUCCUUUCUUUAUUUAUGUAUACACAAUAAAAGACCUUUGAAUGAUUUUUUUGUAGGUUUCCACAAAAAAAAAAAGAUGUGAAUAGAUUUCUUAAGGUAGCCGAAGCAAUUCAAGUUUUUCAAGAUUUUAAAUAUAUUAGUAUUUAGAAAAGGGAUUGAGUCUUUUAUAAAAAAAAAACAAUUACUGGUGCAAAUAUUUUGAUAUCAUUAUCAGCGAUGUAUUGCAUUUGUGUACCUGCCAACUGCCAUCAAGCCUUGUAUCCAGCCACCCACACCCCCCCCCCACCCCAAUAUUACUAACAUUACCGAUAAUUAUAAAUUAUAAUGGAUUAAUUCCAUAUAUCACAUCUACUUCGUUAGAAGUGCAUUUCUAAAAGAAGCACAUAUAACACAACUAUUGUAUUUUCUGGUAUUGUAUACAGGAUCAUUAAAAUUUGAAUAUUUUAUAUUUUAACCAUACCUUUGUCACUUGCCUGAGCGUUUGCACUUCUAAUAAGUAAACAUAAAAUAGUUGGUAGGUAUACAUUUAGUAUAGCAAUAUUUGGUGAUUUAUGAAAAGAUAUUUUGUAAUUAUGGUUUAAACCCAACAUUCAAAUGAUUGUUAUUGUAAUAUUGUUAUCAAUAUAUCAGGUGCCAUUCUCAGUUGGCCUAGGUAGUCAUUUAAGACUUGUCUUGUACCUAGGCAGCCUUUUUCAGCCCUGAGUGAGAAUAUUCAUUAUUUGUAGUUUCUUCUGCAGCAAGUUUAUUGUACAUUAUGUGUAUAUCUGGUAUUGACAAAUUUAAUCUAAGAUGAUUGGUGGUUCAUUGAAUUUGAUGCAUUACCAUUGGCUAUAAUCAAUCACAUGAUUUACCUCUAACCUUUGAAUGGCGAUGUAAGAUUUCUAGUCUAGUGAGUACCAUCGUGUUGAUUUCAGCAUUUGAAUUAAAGUGCUAGUCAUUGCUUCACAUUGUUUUUUAAAUUGGUUUUCCAUGCAACAAGUGGACAACAUUGUUUACUUGAAACUAGCCAAUGUUGACGAAAUCAUUUUAAACACAAGUCUUGCUGAUGUCAUUGUUUUCUCAUGUACUGUGUUCAUACCUACCAUGUUGUGGGUCAUUCACCUGCAGUUAUGCAUUAAUUGUAUAUCCUCUUUGUGUUUCAUCACUGCUCAAGCAUUUCAAAUAUUACUGUAUAUGCUCUAUUAAAAGCACACUCAAACGUAAAUUACGUUCAUUGAGUACUGUAUGUUAAAAUACAAGUUAUUUUGGCUAAAAACACACCUAUGAUAUGUAUGUUAGCUUAUGUGCUUCUAAUAUCGCAAAUAUGGUAUAGAAUUGUUGGUAACUGUGUUCAUAUGGCCUGUCAAGUCAGAGUUUCCUCACUUGCAGUGGUAUGGAUGUACGCAAUUGAUUCAGCAUUAAUAAAACACUUAAAACUUAAUGAUAUUCUCAAAGGUCUUUAAACAUUUGUACCAAGCUUUCAACCUGAUAUUUUACACCUGUUGACUUGCAGGUUAAAUUUUUUUUCCUGGGUUUCACUUUCACUUUUUCCAAUUAUGUAUAUAUAUAUAUUAAAACUUACUUGUACACAAGGAUACAUGUAUCUUAUGGAAUGGAACUAUACUUCAUAGAUUAUUUCACCUACCGUGUUUCAAAGGAUACCAGCACGACUCCGUAGUGCAAAUAAACCUUAUAUUUGGACUAUUUAAGUUUGACAUGGUGGUUCAGCCAAUAUAAUAUGUCAAGUUUCGAAUUGUGACAAGACCAGCACACUACCUGCUGUAAAGACAUUUAUCUACAAUAUAAUCCAUAGGUUUUUCAAAAGCUUUGCUUUCAUUUAUUUUAAUUACCCCACUUUUCUGUUUAAAUACUCUUGUCUCUAUUCAAAUGGCACAAAUGGUAAGAUGGUGUGUUAAUGUACAUUGUUUCUUUUCAGUAGAACACCCAUAUCAAGCUUUCAUUGAAUUAGUAGCACUUAUGUGUUUGUCAAUGAUACAAAUUACUAUGAUUUAUUGAUUUAUACGAUAGUUAUAUUGUAUAAAGUGUUUCCUGAAUAUUACUCGUGUUUCACUUGGAUUAAUGCUAAUAUGCAUUAUCUUGUGUGUGACCUUGGCGGGAGUACUAUGACUGAAAAGUUUUCUCUGUAUAAAUUCUUUAUUUACAAUAACAAAGAUUAUUUAAUCAUAAUCCUAGCAUUUUUUUUGCUAUCAAUGGCAAAUAAUUUGAUGCGUAAUGUAAAUUUAUCUGCUAAUUAUCAGAUUAAAACCUUUUACAUUUAAA